AUGCUUGAGGACAUCUUUAAAAUGCUCCAUCUUAAAAAGACACUCGAUAAAUCAAUUGCAGUCAAUAGUUACAUCUACAACCGCACCUUACUUUUGAAUAUGAUGAGAGAAUUCACGGGCCAAAGAGAUAUGGUUAGGCCCGCAAAGACCCGGUUUGCUACCGCCUUCAUAACUUUGAAUUGUUUUAGAAAUCACAAGAAAAAUUUGAAGAAGAUGUUCACAUCUGAAGCAUGGAACAAAAGCAAGUUCCCGGGCGAAGCGGGAGGGGGAGGAGCUCAAACGGCAAACACUAUAUUUUCUCCUAAUUUUUGGACCAAUAUAGAUAUUGCGGUCAAAGUUGGUGAGCCUUUAUUAACGGUGCUUCGAUUGGUAGAUAGUGAAAAAAAGCCUCCAAUGGGAUACAUUUAUGAAGCCAUGGAUAGAGCAAAAGAAAGGAUUGCAUCGUCUUUCAACAACAAAAAAGACAAGUAUAAACAAAAUUUUGAAAUAAUUGACAAAAGGUGGAAUUGUCAACUACACCAAGAUUUGCAUGCGGCCGGCCACUAUUUGAAUCCGGGAUUAUAUUACAAUAACCCGAACGUGGAAGAUGACAGUGAGGUGAUUAAGGGGUUGAUGGCAUGCAUACAUAAGUUGUCAUUGUCGGAAGAGGAGGAGUUGAAGAUUCACACCGAGCUCCCUACAUAUAGAGGUGCCCAAGGACUUUUUGGGAUUCCGAUGGCUAAAAAAAUGAGACCAAUGCUUUCACCAGCGGAGUGGUGGAUGCAAUAUGGAUCGUCGGCACCGACACUUAAAAAGUUUGCCAUUAAGGUGUUAAGUCUUACGUGUAGUUCAUCGGGGUGUGAACGUAACUGGAGCGUAUUUGAACAACUCCAUUCCAAAAAAAGAAACCGACUUGAAUGGCAAAAACUAAAUGAUUUAGUUUACAUAAAAUAUAAUCGAGCUUUAAGAAGGAGGUAUGAUAUGCGUGAUACGAUUGACCCGAUCAUCUUAGACGACUCUACCGUUCAAGAUCCGAAUGAUUGGUUGGAGGGGGAAGAAGAUGCUUUUGUGUUUGAAGGUGAUAACUUGACGUGGGGUGUAGUUGCGGAGGCUAUGGGGGUGGAUGAGGAGCCUUAUGCUACAAGAAGAACGAGUAGGAGGAAAGAGGGUGUUGAGUCUAGCUCGCGAUCUAGAGGACAACAGUUAAUAGACGAAGAUGAAGAGGAAAAUGAUGUUGGAGCUUAUAAAGAAGUUGUGGAAGAAGAAGUUGAUGAUGAGCCCGAGUUGGAUGAUUUGUGAAUCGUACUUUAGAGUCUAAGAUUAACACUUAUUAUUAUUUUUUUUUUUUGUUGGUAUGCAUGUUUUAGAACUUAUUUGAGUUAUAGUCUUGG